UUCAAGCUGCCGUAGUCCACGGAGUCGGUCUUCCCACCACCCAGAAAGAACCACCGUGACUAUCAGAUGCUGCUUCACAGCACUCCACCCUCCUACGGCAGGAGCCCGUCGGUCUCCGACCACCGUUCCGGCGAGGAUAGUCACCGCCGGAAUGGCUCCCUCCGUCGCGGCAGCCGGACUCUGGGGGAGCUCCUGCAGUUCGUCGUCGGGGACCCUCGGUCCCGCGACGCGCCGGACUGUACUCCCGACCAUGCGUUGUUGGAAUUGCAGGCCAUGAGCCCGCCGCGCGACUCGUCGCUACCCUUCGUCCUGAGCUUCACCAACCUCACAUACAGCGUCCGGACCCGCCGGACGAUGCCGAUCCCUGGGUCGUUCGCCCGCCGGAGGGCCGCCGCGCUGUCGAGGACGGACUCCAGCGAGAACAUCGGCAAGUUUUCUGAGACGAAGACGCUGCUGAACCGGAUUUCGGGGGAGGCGAGGGAUGGCGAGAUACUGGCUGUGCUGGGGGCGAGCGGGUCGGGGAAGUCGACGCUGAUCGACGCGCUGGCGAGCCGAAUCGCGAAGGGGAGCCUGAAGGGGACGGUGACUCUCAACGGCGAGCCGCUCGACGGGCGGUUGAUGAAGUCCAUCUCCGCGUACGUCAUGCAGGACGACCUCCUCUUCCCGAUGCUCACCGUGGAGGAGACCCUCUCGUUCGCUGCCGAAUUCCGGCUGCCGCGCACCCUUACCAAGGCUCAGAAGCUGGAGCGAGUCCAGACCUUGAUCGAACAGCUGGGUCUGCGGCACGCGGCAAAGACCAUCAUAGGCGACGAGGGCCACCGCGGCGUCUCCGGCGGGGAGAGGCGGCGCGUCUCCAUCGGCAUCGACAUCAUCCAUGAUCCCAUCAUCUUGUUUCUCGACGAGCCCACCUCAGGACUCGAUUCAACCAGCGCUUUCCUAGUCGUCAGGGUGCUCCAGAGGAUCGCCCGCACUGGCAGCGUCGUCAUCAUGUCCGUCCACCAGCCGAGCUCCCGAAUCGUGAGCCUCCUCGACCGCACCAUCUUCCUGUCUCGCGGCCACAUGGUGUACAGCGGCCCGCCGUCGGGCAUCCCGGCCUUCUUCUCCGAGUUCGGCCACCCGCCUCCGGAGAACGAGAACCACACGGAGUUCGCACUCGACCUCAUACGCGAGCUGGAGGUGACGCCUGGAGGAAUCAAGCGCCUCUCGGACUUUCACUCCUCGUGGACGACCGCCCGACCUUCCAGGUCGUCCGUCCCCAACGGGCCGAGCCUGACGCUCAGGGAGGCCAUCGGAGAGAGCAUCAAACGAGGGAAGCUCGUGCCGGGCCGCGCUGCGUCCGGCGGAGAGCUGGCGACCCUACCGGGAACGGACUCCGUACCGGCGUUCGCCAACCCGAUGUGGAAGGAGACGGCGAUCUUGUCGAAGCGGUCGAUGAAGAACGCGUGGCGCAUGCCGGAGCUGUUCCUGGUGCGCCUGGGGGCGGUCACGGUGACGGGGUUCAUUCUGGCGACCGUGUUCUGGCGCCUGGACACGACCCCCAAGGCGCUGCAGGAGCGGCUCGGCUUCUUCGCCUUCGCCAUGUCCACCAUGUUCUACACCUGCGCCGAGGCGCUCCCGGCGUUCCUCCAGGAGCGGUACGUCUUCAUGCGGGAGACCGCCUACAACGCCUACCGCCGCUCCUCCUACGUCCUCUCCCACUCCCUGGUCUCCAUACCGGCGCUGCUGCUGCUGUCCAUCGCGUUCGCGGCCAUCACCUUUUGGGCCGUGGGCCUCGCCGGGGGCACCGAGGCGUUCCUCUACUUCCUAGCCGUCACCUUCGCAUCCUUCUGGGCCGGCAGCGGCUUCGUCACCUUCCUUUCCGGCGUGCUCGCCCACGAGAUGCUGGGCUACACUGUGGUCGUCUCCUGCCUGGCCUACUUCGUGCUGUUCAGCGGCCUGUUCAUCUCCCGGAACCGCAUCCCCGCCUACUGGAUAUGGUUCCACUACCUGUCGCUGGUGAAGUACCCGUUCGAGGGGGUGAUGCAGAACGAGUUCGACGACCCCGGGCGGUGCUUCACGACGGGGAUGCAGAUGUUCGACAACACGCCGCUCAAGGGGCUGAGCACGGAGACGAAGACCGCGUUCCUGAACGCGCUGAGCGGCUCUCUCGGCGUGAACGUCACGGCGAAGACGUGCGUGACGACGGGGCUGGACGUGCUCAAGGCGCAGGGGAUCACGCAGCUGAGCAAGUGGGAGUGCCUGUGGGCGACCCUCGCCUGGGGCUUCCUCUUCAGGGCCUUGUUCUACGUCGCCUUGAUGUUCGGCAGCAAGAACAAGCGGCGGUAAGAGUCACCGCCCUCAGGCGGCCGUGCCGCCGGGAAGCCUAGCCGGCGCUGGUUUUUUCUUUUUUCUUCUUUUUUUUUUCAAAAAAAAAAAGUUACAGUUGAUGGAUGUUGUGUUGAAUACCUUUAUGUACUAUGGAACUACCAUGGUGUAUAGCUGCUAAUCUGUAUUUUUUUCAUCUGUUUCUAUCUUUGGUUAAAUGAGAUGUUGGAUAAAGGGAGGUCGAUUAUAUAUCGACGUCCUUGUCGAAUCUUA